UGACAGAGCCACCCACUCUGAACAUAACCCUAAAAUUUGUGACAUACGUAUAUCGGUAAUAUUUUAUUUAUAAGAGAGAAAUGUUUUAUAUAAAAAGUGUGUGAAUCGUGAAUAUUAUUAUUAUACAUGACGAAAUAAUGUGUAAACAUUUUAAAGAUAGUUCCAUUUCAAUCGAUUUAUUCAGUAAAGUGUAAAAUGUUACCAUUCGAAUAUUUUUAAUUAAUGUUUUGUACCUUUGACGUUUUGAUGAGAGAAACGAGAAAUAUAUAUGUCAAUCAAUUACGAGAAUAUCAUUCAACGUCAUUUAAUUUUCUUCCAAAAAAUGCAAAAAAUUGCAUAUACAAAAACAUUUACAUGUUUUAAUACUGAGUUUACUCGAUGGAUUUCGUUAUUAAAUGCAGGGGGAAAUUUUCUAAUUUUCUGUAUUUGAAUCUUUUGGUUCAAUAUUCGUAUUUUGUGGAUUGAUCGUUUUUGUUGGUUUACAAUUUUAAGUUUAGAGGAAAUAUUUUCUGAAUAAUAUACACAGUGAUGUUCGAUUCGUCACAUUCGUCCUCUGAUGAGGCUCAGGUCGAUUCCGCACUCACUGAAGGUGAUAAACGAAAAUCUAGUCGAAGGGGACGAAGAUCGAACAGUAAUUUCGCCGACACAAGUCGACCAUCAGGUUCCGAUGGCACUCGUCGUGAAGAUAAUCCUUUUAGUUUUAAGCAUUUUUUGAAAAAUGAUUCACAAACGAAUUACCAGUACGCUGGAGCGAGGCCGAAAGUGUACACGGUCCAUUCAUCGAAUAAUAAUUCAGCCGGCCACGAGAGAGAAGCUGGACUUUAUCCAUGUAAUCCCACGGAAUUACCUGACUUUGUUCAAGAUCAUUUAGUGAUUGAACAAUGUUAUGUGGAUCACGACAGAAUCAUAUCGCCAGCAAGUGACGUUGACAAUUUACCCGAUUUCGCAUUAAACAGUAUGGAGAGACGGCAGAAUCGUCAUUCGAACGAAUCGAAAAAGCACGUCAAUGAUGGGGAAAAGAAUUAUUCAUUUGAUCUCGCCGAUAGUUUGGAGAGAAGAAGCAGGAAUAAUAUCGCUGCCAAUUCCUUACAUCCCGAUCCAUUGGAUUUGCCGAAUUUUAACAGCAAUGAAAAUGCCAGUGCUUCUGAUUCUAGAAAUUUUCCUCUCGAUUUACAAAUCCCAGCUGAUGAAUCAAAUGAUGUUCUUGUAAAUGGCCAGUCAAAUGGAGUAUCGAGCAUUGUCAAAUCGUUGCCAGAUUUUUUAAACGAUGGUCCCAUUCGAAAUACCGGUGCAGUUUCUAAUGACAGGCCUGACUCAUACUCAAAUGAUUCUACAGAACUCAGGUUGACUUUGGAAAACGAGAGAUUGAACCGAGAAUUAGAAAUUGUCCGGAGACAAGCCAGUGAAAGAGCCUUAAGAAUAAAAUCAUUAGAAAAUCAAUUGCUAUCGAGAAGACAAGAAGAUCACGAGGAGACUUUAAAUUUAGAAAAGGCCAUGGAAAAAGUUGAAGAUAAUUUAAAACGCAGUACAAAACGAGCAGUUCUUGCAGAGAGUAUGUUAGUUGUUGUAAAGAAAGAAAUCGUAGAUUUGACGAAUGAAAUUUCUCUGCUGCGUGCAGAAAAUCGAGAAUUACGUGCAGCUGUCGAAGGUGGUUGCAGUAAUUGUAACAGUUCUUGUGCUGACGGAAGAAUAAAACGAUUGGCUAGUGAAUUACGGACUGCAGCUUCUACAGCGGAAGUUUCGCUAAGACAACUGAUGUCAGGUGUUGGAAAUUUAAGAGUAUUAGCAUCGGCAUUAGAAAAUGUUAAUAGGAUAGAGGAUCGAACCAAAGACUUCUUGCCAGAUUCUGAUGACGACAACGCAACUGGACCAGCGUUGUAAAAAAAAUAACUCUAAUAUUUAAAUUAUAUAUGACAAAAGAAGAAAAAGAAGAAAGAAAGAAAAUUGUAACAACAUCGUCUUUUUAAUUUGAUUUUAAAAUAUUUUAAUUUCAUCAAUAUGUGAGUAUUUAAUAAUGAUGGUCCUAUAUAUUUAAAAUCAUCGAGACGAAUUAAAAAUUUAUUUUAAUGUGAUGUUUUUUGAACACUGAUAUAUUUUGUAAAUAUUAAUAGAAUCUUUUUCCUACACUUGUAUAAAAUCGUAUGCAAUAUUUGCCACUGAUUAUAAAAACUCUAUUGAAUUAAAAAUUCAAUUAUUAACAUA